UUUCACUGUUCGGAGCAGAUUGGACAAACUCUCCAUAAAAAUGCAGCCUUUCUUCUCCUUCCCAUUUGGCUCCAACAAUGCCGGACGGACCUCCAGGUUUAUAUUCUUCAUGUUUGUAUUUGGAGUGAUGCUCUUCUGCGCCGGUUUCCUCCUCUCCAUCUUUGGAUUUCAGUCCUGCCAGUCGGAUAAUCUCGUCAAUUGCAGCAUGACUUUCAAGGUAUUGGGGCCUGCCCUUGCAGUGAUAGGACUGGCUUCCGUGGUGCUGGCAAGAUCUAGAGCCAGGCUUGAGGCCAGAAGAAGACAGUCAGAAGGCGAUCAGACUGACCCAGACAGCUUCUUUCUCUGUGGUGAAAGCCGCCAGUUUGUUCAGUUUUUAAUAUUUGGCUUUUUAUUUGUCACAUGUGGAAUACUGAUUAGCAUUCUGGGUGUUUGGUUACCUGGAUGUGGUGCUGGUCCCCCAAGCCAAAAUGGUACUGGGACAGAAACAACCUAUAGGAACUGUGGAUUUCUUUCUCUGCAAAUAAUGGGACCUUUAAUUGUCUUGAUUGGGUUGUGUUUCUUUGUUGUGGCUCAUAUAAAGAAGAGGAACAGUUCUCCUGAUCAUAAUGAAUCAAUUAUAGACGAGGAACCACAGUCACCAACAGAUGAGCCCUUCCAAAUAACUGUAGGUGAUGCCGUUAUUAUAUUCCCACCACCUCCACCUCCCUAUUUUGCUGAUCCUUUAUCUCCAGGGUCUGGUCAAGGAACUCCGUUGCCCAGGAGUGAUAAUCCACCUUCUUAUAACAGUAUUUUUAACAUAAGGUCUCGUAAUAUUGGUCAAGGAAACAUUCAGGACCAAGAAAGUAUUUAUACCAUUUCACUGCCCAGUGAACCUGCUGAGGUUUAUACUAACCCAUACUUUUCAUCGGACCCUCCACCAAAAUACGAAGAGAAGGAUCCUGCUGUACCUGAUCUAGAAACCACAUCAUCACCUUCAUCAUCAUCAACAACCUUAAAUGACUCUGCUGAAUCUUCCCCCAAUCCUGUUCUCCCAGAUCCUUGAAAUGAAAAAGCAUUUAAUCCCAUGUUUUGUUUUUAAUCCCAUAGUAUAUUUUUAUAGUAAAGACAAUUUAAUAUUUUCUUUAAAAUUAUGUUGGCGUCAUCCUGACAUAUCAUUCUUGGAUACUUGUGUUGUAACAGGAAGUGGAAUCCUAAGGGUGAGAUCAGACUUGUGUGACAAAUGUUGACUAUGAACCUCUAUAAUAAAGCCUAUUGACUUUGCUUGAGCACCCACCAGUUUCUCGUAUCGCAUGGAGACUGGGAACAAGAUCUAUGCACUCGAG